AUGUCUAGAUCCCCUCGAGAGUCGACGCGGUUCACGGCCACCGGAGUAUGGGCCCACACGAAGCCUGGCGGCCGAAGCACAAUACUGCAGUUUGCGGACCCGGCGCCGGAGAAUGAGACGCCGGCGCAGAAAGUCAAGCGGCUGAGGGAGGCGGCGAAUCGGGCGAAGAUGGCACAGGUCACGAAGUGGGAUGUUGCAUACUUCUACGGGCGGAGGGCGGCGGAUUUCAUGCACCGCGCGACCGUUUACGGCAUUGUUUUUGCGACCGGCUGCUUUGGCGUUAUGGCCGUCUUUUCAGUAGGAGAUAUGGUCGUUUACAAUCGCCGGCGACGUGCGGAAUGGUACAAGGAACAGGAGGCAGCACAAGCCCGUAUCCUACAAACGGCGCGGGACGCUGUCCACCAGGGGAUUGCUACGCCAGCUCAGAGGGCUUUGGUGGAAGGAAUUGCGGAAGAGGAGGCGCUUUGGGAGAAGAAGAAGGCGGAAAGGAAAGCUCCGUCGAAACUGCUGUGGUGGAUGCAUGGCGAGUGGAAUGAGGAGAAGGAGUUGGCUGAACAACGGAGAUUGGCUGUGCAAGAGUUCCAGAAGAAGGAGGAAGAGGCGGCGAAAGCUCGGGGAUUGGGGAUAACACAGGCAGUGCAGGAGGCGAGAGUGAACAGCUCACCACAGUCGGCACAUGCAGUACAGUCGGCGCCUGCAGUAGGUGGACCGCUCGACCAGGCCGCGGCCAACGCGGCAUCUUCGGUAGAGAAAACGAGCAAAGGCUGGUUCGGCUGGGUGUGGGGUGGUUCGAAGAAAUCAGAAUAA